UUGGUUGUAAGACUUGCCAAGGUCAAGUUUUCCCAGGCCAUAAGUUUUCCUGGCUUAUACAACUUUCAUGAUCCCUCAAACAAUACUUAAUUUGGCUCCUAAUCUACCAAUCUAGUUUGUAGGUUGUUAGCCUUUUACUCUUUUGAUGCCUUCCUUUGAAAUGAUCUCCAGAAAUUUGUUGUUCCACUUCAAAUAUUACAUGCUUUGUUUGCUCAGCUUCCAUACCAUUGAAUAUUGUUGUUCCACUUCCAACGACACAGACCCCUGGAACUAUCUUGACUCUUACUGUGGAAAUAUUACAUACAAUCCUAACAGUCCUUCCGGCAGCAUUUACAGAGCCAAUCUGAAUUUCUUGCUUUACAAUCUGUCUUCGCAUGCAUCUCGGACAGACAACAAUGGCUUCUAUAAUUUCAGUACUGGCGAUGACCCUUCAAACAAGGUCUAUGGCCUCUUUCUCUGUCGAGGUGAUGUCAACACUGAUGUUUGCAAAGAAUGCGUCGCAGAUGCCCACACACGACUACUUCAGGAGUGCCCGAAUCAAACAGCUGCUAUUGUUUGGUAUGACGAGUGCUUGGUACGUUUUUCUGACCAGACGAUCGUCUCCAAGGCUGAUUUGGGAGAGAAUGUGACUAGGCGCAAUCCAUUCGAUGUCCCUGGACCUGACUGGGACAAAUUCAAAAUGGUAUUGAUCAAUUUGUUGCAUAACGCUGCGGAUGAGGCUGCAAAUCAUACCAUGGGCAAAAAGUUUGCUGUCCAAGAAGGGAAUUAUUCCACUGAUCAAAAGAGAUUGUAUACCCUUACGCAGUGCACACCAGAUCUAUCCACUCGUGACUGCAAAAAGUGCCUCACAGAGGCUAUAAUGGAUGUACCCGCGUGCUGUUCCAAGAAGCAGGGAGGGAGAGUACUUUAUCCAAGCUGUAAUCUGAGGUAUGAGGUCUCCAGCUUCUAUGAUAAUGUGUCCUCUGCCUCGCCAAACUCUCCUGGCGGUCCUCCUCCUAAUUCCACUGAAGGCAAAGGGCGAAGCCCCCUACGGAUUGCUGUCCCAUUAAUUGGGGUUGCUGUCGUGCUAUUUAUCAUGGCUUUAGUUUUCCUGAAAAGAAGAUUGCGGAAGAGUUAUGUUGCUAUGGCACUGGAAACAAGUGGUGUAGAUGGAGUUGCUGAUAUCUUAACUGCCGAAUCUUUACAGUAUAGCUUAACUGAAAUUCAAAUUGCCACAAAUAACUUCUCGGUGGAUAACAAAAUUGGCGAAGGUGGAUUUGGUCGUGUAUACAAGGGUGUACUUGGUAAUGGACAAGAAGUAGCUGUUAAAAGGCUGUCAAGGAGCUCAGUGCAAGGUGCAGAAGAAUUUAAAAAUGAAAUUGUAGUAGUCGCAAAGCUUCAACACAGAAAUCUAGUUCGGCUAUUGGGAUUUUGCCUGGAAGGAGAAGAAAAGAUACUCAUCUAUGAAUUUGUUCCUAACAAAAGCCUUGACUACUUUCUCUUUGAUCCAGAAAAUAAACGAUCAUUGAACUGGUCAAGACGUUACAAUAUCAUUGGAGGUAUAGCAAAAGGACUUCUUUAUCUGCAUGAGGAUUCUCGUCUAAGAAUUGUUCAUCGCGAUCUCAAAGUAAGUAAUAUAUUAUUGGAUGGAAAUAUGAGUCCAAAGAUAGCAGAUUUUGGCAUGGCAAAGAUUUGUGGAGUUGAUCAAUAUGAAGGAAACACAAAUAGAAUUGCUGGGACAAUUGGUUAUAUGGCUCCUGAAUACACAAGAUGGGGUCAGUUCUCAGUAAAGUCAGACGUAUUUAGUUUUGGGGUUGUAAUUUUGGAAAUUGUGACGGGCAAGAAGAGCAGUGACUUCCAUCAAUCUAGAGAUUCCGAAGACCUUCUUAGCUAUGCUUGGAACCAUUGGAGACGCGGCCAAACUUUAGCUCUUUUGGAUUCAAGCACUGGAGAUUCUUAUGCUAGAAAUGAAGUUAUUCAAUGCAUCCAAGUUGGCUUACUAUGUGUUGAAGAAGAUGUCAUUAAAAGACCAACAAUGUCUUCUGUGGUCUGCAUGCUCAAUCCUGGUUCUGUUCCCCUACCAACUCCACACUAUCCGGCAGUUUUCCGGAGCCAUGGAUCGGAGAGCAGGGUAGACGAGCUGAAAGUUGAUCAAUCCAACACUCAAAGAAUUUCAGCUCCAAGCUCUGUCAAUGAUGCAUCAAUUACUGAACCAUAUCCCAGAUGAAGGAAGAAAUGGGCCAAUUCUAGAAGAAAAUAUCAAGUUCAUCAUCAGCAUUAUGUUGUAGAUUUUGAAGCAUGAUUCAUUUACCAGGAAGGUAUCUAAAUUUGCCCACUAUUGUUGGAAAUUAGGGGAUCGUUUCAAUGUUUGCUUCUUCACACUAAUUGACUUCUUCCACCUUAGGGGUAUAAGGAUGUGCUUGAAAGAAAAUACAAGUUGUUGUCGCUCUUUAGAUAUUUUUUAAAAAUAGAAGAGCAAUUUUAUUUAUGGACAUUAAUCCCCAUCUGAUCGAACAAACAAUAUGUCUUGAACUUUUAUCAUUUGUACAUAGCAAAGUUUGCUUCCAAACUGAGUCUAUCAAUUAUAUCAUUGUACCAACGAAUUAUGAAGGAUAGCCUAGGUUUACAAUGUAUACGUUUGGUAAC